AUGGCAUCUAAAAACCAAAAAACUAAGAAGAAGAAUGAAUCUCCACCGGCGAAGAAGAAGAAUCCAUCUCCGGUAGAAGAACACGGAGAAAGCAACGGUGGGUCGUCAUCUCAACCCAGUAAGCGGCCGCGGCGGAACCCUAAGGAUCAGAACCCUAACCUUAAAAAUCUGCGUCGAAAUCCGGCCGCCUCUUCUACUCCGGCAGACCCUACUCCAGCCGCUUCUCCUACUCCGGCCGGUUCUCUUACUCAGAACGGCAUUGAAGCAACACGGUCAGCAGAGGGGGCGAGGUCACAAGAUCCUCCAAGGGCGAGCACACAACAAGACCCUCCGGUUAAACCUCAUUCUGGGUCGUCCACUAAGGGGAGGACACGUUCUUCGGAAGAAGGAGAAAUUCCUGAGGAAAUUGGAUCGAAUCAUGGUGACACUCGCACAUCUCAAGAACAUAAUGCUACAGAGGGUGAGGAGAUGGCUGGAGGAGCAAUCAAACCACACAGGUUUUACUUCCAACCAGCCGAGUAUGGGAAGCCAUGUAAGCUCUCCUCAAGGUGUCAUCAACAUCGUUUCAUCAAGUUGAUUAAACAUUUUGAUGCAUCUGAGAAGAAGUGGUUUCACGGGCACCCACAGUUCAAGCAUCUUUUCCAUAUGGAUUGCUCCCCAACAAAAAAGGUCAUGGGAUUAUGGAUGUUGUUGCUUCGCACCAUAAAAGUCGACAAGAAGAGACAGGCUUGGUUUGGGGAGAGCAUUGGGAGUCUGAGGUUUGCAAAGAAGUACUUUCAGCAAAAACCAAAGAAUAAGGGUGAGGAUCCUCCUGAACUAAGAGUGACACCGGCUGAUGUCCUAAAUAAGCUAAAGAAGAUGACAUAUGAUGGUAGUCAUGAUCGGUUGAAGAAGGCAGUACUUUACUUCUUGGCCACAGUCAUUAGAGGAAGAUCAAGACAUGGAACCCCUAUAGAGCCUUUUCUUCUCCAAAUGAUCCCAUCAAAAGCUGCUUGGACAUUUCCUGGGUUUAUCAACCCACUAGAGAUAUUGGCGUUUGAAAGUAUCCAAGUGUUGAAGGAAAAUUUUAGAGAAAAUGUUGAAGAAUUUGAUGAUAGUUGUCCAAGAAUGUGCAAGUCGAGGUUUGUAGCGAAUGGGUCGUCAGGAUAUGCAUUGGAAGAGAUAUAUGAGAAGCUUGACGAGACAAAGGAAGUAUCUAAUAUUUUGGAACCAAAAGGAAACGAGGCAGAUCUAUUGGUUGAGAUCUUUGAUGAUGGGUUAUGGGAUGACUUUGAGCUUGGAGAUGAUGGGGAUAAGUCUGACCCAAUUGUCGAUGGUUGGAGCAAGAUUGUUAUCGAGGACAGAGUUAAGAUUCUUUGGGACGAUCUGUACACGAUGGAUAUCAAAACCCGAAAGAAAGAACACGAGCCUGCGAGGAUUUGUGAAGAACCUGAGGGUCCGAGGGUGUGCAAAGAAACUGAGGGUCCGAGGGUGUGCGAGGAAACAGAGGAAGGAUAUGAGAGUUUGGAAACAAGGCUGACCAAGCUAAUGAAAGAAGAGCUUAAGGUGAGGGAUGACAAAAUUCCCCAAUUGGAAGCAAGAAUUAAGAGUAUGGAAGACGACCGCAAUCCAAGGGACGGAUUUGGGAACAUGGAUGACUUUUUUGCUCAUGAUCGUUUUGACCCCGUUGGAGCCAAAGAAAAUGAUGGCGAGAAAGAGCCUGGGAAAGAAGGCGAGAAAGAGCUCGAGAAGGAAGGCGAGAAGGAAGCUGCGGAGAAGAAUGACGAGAAUGAGCCUGAGCACAUGGCAGAGAUUGACGCGGAUAAGAAGGCUACGAAGGAGGGUGAUAAUGAGCUUGAACUGAUGGCAGCAGAUGCCGAGAAGCUUGAGAAGGAAGCUGCGGAGAAGGAAGCUGCAGAAAAAGCUGCGGAGAAAGUGAAUGAAGAUGCUGAAGAUCAUUCACCCGAGGAUGGAGAGCCCUUGACGAGGCCGAAGAGGUUGGCAAAGCCUUCUCGUGCACAUCAGUCUCCAUAUGUCCCAAAAUAA